AUACCUGACACCUGUUUGUUUGUUUUUCUCCUCAGAAACUCUUUCCAUGAGUCUCUGAAGCAGAUCGGUGCCACCCAGCACCAAGCCAACGCAGUGAGCAUGGGGACAUAUGAGACGGUCCAACACUUCAACGAAAUCAAGGAACAUCUACAUGUGGUCAAGAGGAACCUCGAACACCUCAUCACACGCAAUGGGGUCUGUUAAUAACUAUUUAAUAACUUAUCUUACGGUAAGCCACUGUAAAAACCAUCUCAACAGUCUCAACAAAUGAAUUUGGAAAGAGCAUUGGAUAUGUGUUUCUACCUUCUUCUGUUUUGUGACGCAUGUAGAGCCCCAGUGAAAAGCAGGUGGUGAAAUGCCCUGACCCUCCUCCAAUGCCUUCCUGUCUGGGUACUACUCACUUCCUGGUCUUUGUGGUCAUCCAAUCAGUCCUGUUCUUCAGCUACAUCAUGUACAAGUAAGAGUGAGAUCUUGUUUUCACUUUUUUAUUAUCUUUAAUAAUUCAACAGUGUAAUUACAUUUUUGUUGUUUCUGUCACAAUUCACUCUCUCUCCCUCUGAAUGUACUUCCUUGUUUCUUCUCCCUCUACAGAAGUCAACAAGAAGCAGCAGCAAAGAAAUUCUUUUGA